CUGGCUAGUCUGCGGCAGUGCCUAAGUUCCAUCCUUCUGGUGGUCUUCAAGGAUUGCAUAAUAUUCAUGGAAGCUUCAACCUGCCGAAUGUGCCUGGUUCGCUUGCAUCCAGAGAGGCCGCAAUGGGUGUUGUACCAUCAGGUGGUGUUCAACAACCAGGAGGAAGCAUUCCUAGUGGACGGUUCUCAUCAAACAAUCUUUUGGUUGCAUUAUCUCAGAUGCCUCAUGGCUCUGGUAUCACAAAUAGAGGGGGUAUUAAUGUUGUUGGAAAUCAUGCUUUUAGUAGUAGUAAUAUUAAUGGAGUCACUGGGUCAAUAACUGGUAUUUCCUCAAGUUCAGCUUCUAGGAAUCGUAGUUCUGUUCCUAGUUUGGGAGUUUCUCCAGUAUUGGGUAAUGUAGGGCCAAGACUUACAAGCUCUGUAGGCAACAUUGUUGGCAGUGGUAACAUGGGAAGAAGCAUCAGUUCUGGAGGAUUAUCUGUGCCUGGUUUAGCUUCACGGAUGAGUAAACAAUAA